AUGUUCACAGAAUAAGUCUCCAUAUAAUCUUAAAUCUCAAUUAAAAGAUGUUAUAAAGAAGCUAGCAUAGAAAUGGCCUCUAAUCCUGCCAACCCUUUCCACUAAUGGAUUAUCAAGCUCGAUGGAAAAAGUAUAAAGACUUAAAAAAGAAACAUUUUAGCUGUUCCAUCCCCUCAAUUAGCAUCUUAUAUUGCUUCAGAAUUCAACAAUCAAAAUAAAAAUAUGUCACUUCUAAGCAUGCAAUUGUUUUUGCUUGCCAGUCAUGCUGUUGAUUUAGACUUCGAUGCUUCAAGUAGAGAUAUAAUGGAAAUGAGCUUUAUAGGUAAUUUUGAAAAUGAUGUCAUUCUCAAAAGACAUUAAAGCCAAGAUAAAUUACUUUAAAAGGAAUCACAAACAUUCGAACCUCUAAUAGCUUAAUUAAAUAGAAAAUUCAACGUAGAAAUAAGUUCUAAAGAUAAUAGAAAUUAAGAGUUCUUAAACUAAUUGAGCAAAAUUAAACUCGAAUCAUUCAUUAGAGAAAUGAAUAACUGGUAAUUAGUCAGCUUAAACUCAAAAAUAGAAAAUCUCGAAUCGUGCAUCUUGGGGUUGAAUUUGUAAUUAGGAUCAAUAGACAUUACAAAGGCAUUAGCUCUAAGAAAGUCGCUAAUAGAAUAAAAGAACUCAAUGAAUAAAUCUUUUGAAAAAUCAUAUUAUGAAAGUAAUCUGAAAGUCAACCUUGAGGCUGCUUAGUUGUUUUCAUAGUCAAUAACCACUUAGAGUAUCAUGUAUUGA